UCCAAAAAGUGCAUUAACUCCUCAUACUCCAGAUGGGAGAGGGGCGGAAACAUUCCCAAACCCCCACAAGACAAGAGCCCUUUUCACGGAUCCAGAAUUUGUUUUGUAGGGAAACUUUACAGACCAGCAAAAGAAAAUGAUAACAGCUGAACCCGAGGCUGAGGCGGCGGUGUCUGUGGAGGCUGCAGCCCGGAGCCCCAGCGACUCGGCCGAGGCUGGAACAUUAGUGGAAGUUUCUUUCCAGAAGAACCCCCGUCAUAAAUACAAAUACCUGGAGGGAGAACCCAAGAUUUUAGGGAUCACGGAGAUCGCGAUUACAGUUUUCUUUAUUGGUUGGAGAAUUUCAUUUUAUCUUGAAGCAUGGGCUACAAACAUAACUAUUCUGCUCUCAAGUAUUGGCAUAAUUUCUGGCAGUGUGGCGAUAGCAGCUCAGAAUCUCCACCUACCAACACUUAAGGCUUGUUUGGGAAUGCAAGUCGUCACAUCUGUGGCAUAUUUUGUCUGUGUAGUAAUCACAUUAAGUGAGCAACAUUUCCACCCUGGUGGCUGCUGGAAUUACCAUGAAAAUUACUAUGAACAAAUACCAAGCAACAGCACAUGUUUACAUACUGAGAAGCUGUUCAAUCAACUGAUUUUGUUAGACGAGCUUUUGGAGACGGUUCAGAUUAUUCUGGCUAUUACAUUAGCCGCAUACUGCUGCAAGGUGAUUCCAUGCUGCUCUCCCAGGUCUAACGUGCCUGUUAUUGUUAUGACGCCACCUGCAGCUUCCGAAUGAAUGCGAGAGUGUGUAUAUUAUACACUUACAGUAAUACUUUAUACCACAGUCAAAUAUAUCACUAACACAAGUCAUGUAUUACCAGUAUGUAUCUUAAACAGUGUUACAGGACAAAACAUACCAAUACAUGUUUUUGUACCCUUUUUUUAAAUGUAGCUAUCUUAAUACAGUCCUAAUAUGUUAGUUUACUUAAAAAUUGUUAACAUUUGAUUUAGUGUUACAAUUUAGUAGCCUGGCCAGAGGAGGAUUCCCUCUGAAUUGUACCAAAGAUUUUGAAUUAAAGGCACAAUAUGUAAUUGACUUACUUACAUGAUCUUAAAUGUUUCGAAGAAUGGUCUAAUCCAGAAAAAAUAAUCUAUUUUAACUAGUGACAUGAUCUCUGUGCUUUGACAUCACAAUCCCUCAAUUUCCUUUAUGGUUUUACAGAAAACUGAAUUUUAUUAUAUUUUUAUAGUAAACAUGCCCUUUUUAAAUACACUUUAAGCUUGUAAAACUCAUUCUUGAGGUGCAGAUGAUUGUAGAGAGUUGGAGCAGAUCUUUUAAUCAGCUUUUUUUUUGCAAAUCCUGUUCUGUGGACAUGUUUAUAUGCGUCUCUAUGAAGACAUGUUAAUAGGAUUCUAUCAAUCGAUUUGGUGGGAAGGGAAAAGUGGACUCCUACGUCAUGUUGUAGUGGGCCUCAAAAUCUCUAGGGUUUGGAUCCUAUCAGGAAUUUUUUAAAAAGGCACUUGUGGUAAUUUCACUUCAAAAUGACUGUGGACACACUAUACCUACAGUGUUGCCAGAUAGGGUGGUUUUGAAUUUGAUUUUGCGGGUAAAAAAUGACUUGGCGGGUUGACAAAAUUUGGGCGGUUUUGAAACGUAAAUUUUAUAUGCAACUUAUAUAACGAAACAUAACUGUGUGCUCCUACUGCAUUCAGUUAGUAGUGACCAGUGCAUAGCACAAACCGCAUGGGCCCACCCACAAGAGGAGGUGGAGACAAGUUCUAUCAAAAUCUGACUCCCGGACAAAUCCGACUCCCCUUCACCUGCACGCUCAUCACCCAGCGCCUGCAGUUAAACUCACAUCAGUUUAUCAUGAUACUUAUCGAUCAUUUAUUCUGCAAUUAACAGCAAGACACACAUAGAUGCGUUGUCUGAUUGACAAGCAGCAACUAAUUAUGAUCAAAAGAAUUUAAAACGCCAAAUACGAUAAAUGUAUACCCCAUUUCGAAAGUAAAGGUGUUGCUGUAUGACUAAAAUGAUGACAGUUAAAGUAACUUGAUUAAUUUAGAUUAAAUUCAAUUAAAAUUAAAUAAAAAUAUGAAUCUAAUAUUUUUGGGGGGUGGAGGGGGGUGGGGUUUGUGUGUUUGGGCAGAUUUUGGACAGCUUUUAGGCUGGUAAAGUCUGCUAUAUCCGGCAACACUGAAUUUGUCCUACAAAGAUUGAUUCUGCAUCAUUGGUGUCCUUUAAUAUGUUACAAAUAUGAAGCUCACUGUUUGAAAACUUUUGACCAGUUGUGUACAAUAAAUAUAUUAAAGAAAUUUUUACUGAAA